CAAAAGCAGGACAUGACACAGCAGAGUUGUGGGAAGGAAAACACAGCCCACCACAGAACUCCCCACUCUGAGACACCCAUCAACUGUGACGCGUAAAACGCCCCAAGGCCAUAGGACAAGGCUGUCCCGCCUCCACAGAACUAGCAUAAAAGCCAGCCCAGAACCUCCCUCCCUCACACACUUCUUCUCACUCCUUCAACUCCUCCUCCUGCUGACAACAAGGGACCCUCCACACCACACCCAUGGCCUGCUACGACCUCUGCCGACCCUGCGGACCCACCCCGCUGGCCAACAGCUGCAACGAGCCCUGUGCCCUGCAAUGCCAGGACUCCCGCGUCAUCAUCAACCCUUCCCCUGUGCUGGUCACCCUGCCAGGACCCAUCAUGACCUCCUUCCCCCAGAGCACCGCCGUCGGAUCCACCUCCUCGGCUGCCGUGGGCACUGAACUCAAUGCCCAGGGACAGCCCAUCUCUGGGGGAUUUGGUGGCUUUGGCUAUGGGCUGGGCUAUGGCCGUGGAUUUGGCUAUGGGCUGGGCUGUGGCUACGGGCUGGGAGGCCUGGGCUGCUAUGGCAGAAGGGGCCGCUACAACUGCUAA